UCCAUAUGGGACUGGUGUAUCAUACACCAUAUUUGGCUCACAGUUGCCCGUAUACCAGGGAAAGAAAAUAUUGAGGCUGACUAUGAAUCCAGAAAGUGUAGGCGAAAUACAGAAUGGUGCCUUGACAAAAAAAAUGUUUCACAAAGCAUGUGAAAAACUACACUUUAUGCCCAAUAUUGAUCUUUUUGCUUCUCGGAUAAACUAUCAGGUGAAGCCAUUCUUUUCAUAUCAUCCUGAUCCAGAAGCAUUAGCAGUAAAUGCAUUCCACCAAACAUGGAGUGAUUACAAGUUCUAUGCUUUUCCCCCAUUUAGUAUAAUCAGUCGGGUUCUCCAGAAAAUUCAGAAGGAACAAUGCGAAGGACUUAUUCUUGUGCCAAAGUGGCCCACACAGACAUGGUGGCCAGUUGCUAUGAAAAUGCUUGUUCUGAAACCAGUGCUGCUCCCAAUGCAGGAAUUCACAUUAUUUCUACCCAGAAAAGCACCAACGGAAAAGCUACCAACAGAAAAGCACCCUCCCCAUCACAAAAUGUCCCUGUUGCUGUGUCACUUAUCGGGAAACAACUUGAGAACAGAGGUUUUUCGCAAACAGUUACAAACGUCAUGGAUGCAUCAUGGCGAUCAGGUACGCGUAAGCAGUAUGAAUGCUAUUUAUCCAAAUGGGAACUAUACUGUAGUGAACGGAAAAUCGAUCCCUUUUAUCCAGCUCUAG